AUGAUAAUAACUGGAAUAGUUAUCAUUGCUGGGAUAACAUGGAUAAUACAACUAUUAACAUCCAACAGCAAAUCAGGACGACCAAUCAAAGAAUGUAUCAUUGAUUCGAAUAUUUCCAGUUUCUAUUACAUCGGACAUGAUGAUGUUUCUUUAGCAAAAAUUGAGCUCUCCUCAUUUCUUAGCGUAGAUAAUAAAAAUCUUGAGUCAAAGAUUUUAUUCAAUUGUUCUCUUCUUAAGGAGCUUGAUUUCAGUAAUCAGAAUUUAAAAUCUUUGCCAGAUGACAUAUUCACAGGAAUGAAAUCUCUCAAGACAUUGAAUUUGAGGUCAAAUGAGCUGACAAGUCUUAAGUCAAAUAUUUUCAAUGAUUUGUCAGAACUCGAAAUACUUGACAUCAGUGGGAAUAAAUUGAUAUCUUUGCCAGAUGACAUUUUUAAUGGAACAAAAUCUCUCAAAACGUUGUAUUGGUCUGCCAACAAUUUGGCAACUCUCGAGUCAAAUAUUUUCAAUGAUUUGUCAAAACUCGAAAUACUUGACAUCAGUGGGAAUAAAUUAAUAUCUUUGCCACAUAAUUUUUUUAAUAGAACAAAAUCUCUCAAAGCGUUGUAUUGGUCUGCAAACAAUUUGGCAACUCUCAAGUCAAACAAUUUCAAUGAUUUGUCAAAACUUGAAAUACUUGACAUCAGUGAGAAUAAAUUAACAUCUUUGCCAGAUGGAAUUUUCAAUGGAACAAAAUUUCUCAAGACAUUGAAUUUGAGGUCAAAUGAGCUGACAAGUCUUAAGUCAAAUAUUUUCAAUGAUUUGUCAGAACUCGAAAUACUUGACAUCAGUGGGAAUAAAUUGAUAUCUUUGCCAGAUGACAUUUUUAAUAGAACAAAAUUUCUCAAAACGUUGUAUUGGUCUGCAAACAAUUUGGCAACUCUCGAGUCAAACAAUUUCAAUGAUUUGUCAAAACUCGAAAUACUUGACAUCAGUGGGAAUAAAUUAAUAUCUUUGCCACAUAACCUUUUUAAUAGAACAAAAUUUCUCAAGACAUUGAAUUUGAAUGCAAAUAAAUUGGAAAGUCUUGAGUCAAAUAUUUUCAAUGAUUCGUCAAAACUCGAAAUACUUAACAUCAGUGAUAAUAAAUUAACAUCUUUGCCAGAUGACAUAUUCACAGGAUUAGAAAAUCUCAAGGUACUAAAUUUGGCUACAAACGACUUGACAAGUCUUGAGUCAAAUAUUUUCAAUGAUUUGUCAAAACUUGAAAUACUUAACAUCAGUAAAAAUAAAUUAACAUCUUUGUCACAUGACCUUUUUAAUGGAACAAAAUCUCUCAAAAACUUGUUUUUGUAUAGAAACGAUUUGGCAACUCUCGACUCAAAUAUUUUCAAUGAUUUGUCAAAACUUGAAUUUCUUGACAUCAGUAGAAAUAAAUUAACAUCUUUGCCACAUGAAAUUUUUAAUGGAACAAAAUCUCUCAAGACAUUGGAUUUGCGUUCAAACAAGUUGACAAGUCUUGAGUCAAAUAAUUUCAAUGGUUUGUCUCAACUCUGGACACUUUAUAUAAGCAAUAAUAGUUUAACAUCACUGCCAAAUAAUAUAUUCAAUGAAUUAAAAUCUCUCAAGAUAUUGAAAUUGCAAUCAAACAACUUAAAAAGUCUUGACUCAAAUAUCUUUAAUGGUUUGUUUAAUCUAAUGAUUAAUACUUUUAUUAAAUUGGCAUUAUUGAUUGCUGCAACAAUAUAUUGCAUUAAUGCAUUACCUAUAGAUUAUCCACCAGGUGAUAUUAACAUUGGCUUUGAUCCUUGGAAACUUGAAAUUGAAGAAUGGAAUCCUUAUCAAAUAUCCAGCAUAUCAAAAACAGUCAGAAAUAAAAAAAUGAUACAACUUAUAAAUAACAAUUAUUCUAAUGUACAAAAUGUAACAUUAGAUUAA